CAAAUUGAUAUAUGACAAUAUCUACUUUCAAUCACGUGUCUUGGGGCGACUUAGACGGAUAGCACGUCAUCUCGCCUUCCCAAAUGUUCUCCUUCUGCAGUUCGAAUCCAAAACAUCUAUCUAUAGUGCAAGAGAACGGGGAGAAAGAUGUUUAACUCGGUUAAUCUGGGAAACUUCUGCUCACAGACGCGAAAAGACAGGACUUCCGAGUUCGGAGACAGAGCGAGCUGUGCGUCCAACCUUUACCUCCCCAGCUGCACAUAUUACGUCCCCGAAUUUUCUGCUGUCUCUUCGUUCCUGCCACAGGCCCCAUCUCGGCAAAUCACCUACCCGUACUCCACGAACCUCUCCCAAGUGCAACCGGUUCGGGACGUUUCUUACGGUUUGGACCCCUCAACUAAGUGGCACCAUAGAGGGAACUAUGCGUCCUGCUACUCUGGGGAGGAACUGGUACAUAGAGACUGCCUUCCGCCAUCGUCCACCAUGACAGACAUGCUGAUGAAAAACGAAAGUGUAUACAGUCAUCACCAUCAUCACCACAACCACCCAAGCUCCAACCACCUAUCCACGGGCUUUUAUUCGGGUGUGGGGAAAAACCACGUUCUACCGCAGGGCUUUGAUCGCUUUUUCGAAAGCACACACAAUGGGACCGAAAACAGCUCGACAGAGAACUGUGCCCAGAACGGCGAAUCCAGUAAGCUGGAUUCGGCGUCUCAGCCGCCUGCCGCCCUCCUCCAUAGCACCACAGGUCCUGAGAAAGACCCAGAGGAUGAAGAGGAAAACGUUAAUUCUGGUUCUUGUGCUUCUUCAUCGGGCAAGAAAGACGACAGCGCCAACAAAACAAGCCACUCGAGUACACCACGCACCAGGAAGAAGAGGUGUCCUUACACGAAGUUCCAGAUUCGGGAACUGGAAAGAGAGUUCUUCUUUAAUGUUUAUAUCAACAAGGAGAAACGGUUGCAGCUCUCCAGAAUGCUAAACCUCACUGACCGUCAAGUCAAAAUCUGGUUCCAGAACCGCCGAAUGAAAGAAAAGAAAUUAAGCCGAGAUCGGCUGCAGUAUUUUUCUGGAAAUCCCUUAUUGUGAACUAAACUCUAAACUGGUAGCUUUGGUGAGAAAUAAUCAUCAAUAUUAUAAUCUCUAAAACUGAAUUGCCUUUGGAGGACAAGGCCGGACUCGACUGGCCAAAAACAAGUGUUAGGUCAUUCAUAGAAACGCUGAGACUGGAAAGAAAAUAAGUUAUCAAUAUGUUUUACGUUUCCUUGUUUUGUUGAACCAAUAACAUGAACCAGCAUAAAACAAGACAUUAGAGAAAUGUAUCUCUGACAAUAGCAGAGCAAUGAAAGUAAACUAUUCCAUUUUUUUCCAAUGAAAGAUUUAUAUUUACCGUUUGUCACAUUCGGCCAAACAUUUGAAACAUUGUAAUGGCAAGUACAACAUCAGUAUUUAUUUUUGUUUGAUUAUAUCCUAUUUCGAUUCACUUGUGAAAUUCUGUCUUCCCAGUGACAUUUCUCUCUUUAUCUCUGUAUUACAUCAUUAUCCUUUCUUUGUGAAAAUGAUUUUGCUACAAACUGAACCGACUUGAGGACAGCCGCACAGACACUUCUUCAUAGAUAUGCAGAUAUAUAAACAUUUUUGCAGCAACCAAGAACUUCGACACGAAUCAUCGGUCCCAAAUGAAUCUCCUUUGACUAUAUGACUGUAUAUAUAUUUCAUUUGUUUAUAAAAUGUUAUCACUUAACCUAAUUAUUAUAUUUUCAAGAAUUCUGAAAAUAACUUAGCUCUAGGGCUACAAGCUCUUUGACUAGCGAGCUUUUUGUUGAUUGCUUUCCAUUUACAUGUAAUGCAGUAUUAAGAUAUGACAUUGCAUAAGCCUAUAUGCAUCAAGUGAAAGAAUGUAACAUAAAAAUAAACGAAUAUAUGUAUAUUAUUAUUUUUACUGGGUCUAGGUCUGUAUUUCAACGAUCAACUACCAAGAACGUAAUAUUAUACUUUGUGCAUUCAUGCAGAAUGCUUGGUCUUUUGCAGAAUCAGUUGGGCUAGUCCUCAAUGCUUGUAGAAGAUCAUUGCAAGUUACGUUCUACUUGACUUCUUAAGUAGGCCCUUAAUAGCACAGUAUACAAAUAAAACGCUGUGAAACCCUAUACAUGUCCCUGACAAG